AUGACUGAAACAAGUCAAACUCUACAGCCUCAAUUUAAGAUGCCUCAAAUGCCAUCUCAAGUUUACUCCUGUUUUGUCAUUAAUCGUACGGAACAUCCUAUUGAAUGUAUUGUACAUUAUGUCGGUCGUCCAGGUGAAGAUAAAUUUAAUGAAGAUGUUCACGUCACUAUUUUAGCUAAUGAUGAAAAAUUUUUUCCUCGUCGCCUGUUUCAACCUGAUUUACCUGAUUCAUAUUGCAAAUGGGUCAAAAUUAUUACCUGUAUCAAGGUGACGAAACAUGAUGGAAAAGUGCUUGAAGCCUACGAUCCAUUCGAUAAUGUUCAUUAUCCGAUACGUAAUUGGGAAUUUCAUGUAUGUGAACAAGGGGCUAUAUUAUCGAAACCACCCACUCGUCCUGCUAACUUACUCAAAUAUGAAGGACUUGAUGAAUAUGAACGAUAA